CUGAUGAGACUGAGAAAGCCAGUCCUAACCAAGAGGUACCCAUGAGGGCCCAGCCCUCGGAGGGCCUCUUUGAAUUCCCGGCUUCCUAUCAGGAGCUCUUUGAGUUCUUCUGCACUCACAGCACGGUCCACGGCGCCAUCCGUUUGGUCUGUCCUGCAGAGAACAAGAUGAAGACGACUUUCUGGACGGUGCUCUUCUUACUGACCGUCGCCGUUCUUUACUGGCAGUUUGGGGAUACCCUCCAACGCUACUAUGGCUACCCUGUGAACCUGAAGAUCAGUCUCUGUGCAGACAAUCGGACAUUCCCCGCUGUCACGCUGUGCACUCUGCGGCCCCAACGGUACAGCGCCAUCCAGGAGGAGCUCCAGGAACUGGAUCGCAUCGCCCACCAGGCACUGAAGGACCUGUAUGGCUUUGAGAAAGCCCAGGACCAUCCCCUGCUAGAGGUCCCCCAUCUUCCCGCGUCCUCCACUUGGCUCGGACACAUUCAGCGUCACCCGUUGCAACAUUUAACAUCCGAGGAUCCGACCAGCCUUGAGGGGAGCAGCCAUGAUGGAGGAGUCGGCUUCCUUCUGUGUAAUGAAAGCAAUGGAGACUGCUUCUACCAAACCUUCUCUUCUGGCAUCGAUGCUGUCCAGGAGUGGUACAGAUUCCAUUACAUCAAUCUCCUGGCACGGUUGCCCAGCGGCCAGGUUCCGGAUGAAGACAGUGAUGCAAAUUUCAUCAUUUCCUGCCGCUUCAACAAGGAAUCCUGCAACAAGGACAAUUUCACCCAUUUCCGUCAUCCUACCUAUGGGAAUUGCUUCACACUCAACGACAAGACUGAUAGCACACAAUGGAUGUCAUCCAUGCCUGGAAUCCAACAUGGCCUCUCCCUUUUGCUGCGCACGGAGCAAAAUGACUCGAUACCGCUGCUGUCUGCGGGGUCUGGCGCUCGGGUGAUGGUGCACGACCAGAACGAACCUGCCUGCAUGGGGGAAGGAGGUUUUGAUGUGCGCCCCGGCAUGCAAACGUCCAUCACUGUGAGAAAGAAGGUACUGGAACACCUUGGGGGUGCCUACGGUCGAUGCUCUUGGAAUGGGAGUGACGUGCCUGUGAGAAACUUGUACCCAUCCAAAUACACCGAACAGGCAUGUGUCCAUUCCUGCUUCCAGAGCAUCAUGGUGGAACGUUGUGGCUGUGCCUAUUACUUCUACCCGCUUCCCUCAGAAGCAGAGUACUGUGACUAUGCCAAGCACAUAGCAUGGGGUCACUGUUUCUACAGACUGCAGGCUGAGUUCAAAUCCAACAAGCUGGGAUGUUUCGACAAAUGCCCGAAGCUUUGUAGGGUAACCCAGUAUUUGUUAUCGGCAGCUUACUCCCAGUGGACUUCCAAGGAGUGGGUAUUUCACAUACUGGCCCAGGCAAAGGAAUACAACGUGACUCAAAGGAACAGUGUCUCCAAAGUGCAUAUCUUCUUUGACGAAUGGAGGUAUAAAGCCACCCAAGAGACUCCAGCUUUUACGGUAAAUAUGCUCAUUUCCCAACUGGGAGCCCACUGGGGUCUCUGGUUCGGCUCUUCCGUCAUUUCCCUGGUGGAAGUGUUGGAGCUGAUGAUCGACGUAGUUGCCGUCACUUGCAUCGUGUCAUUUGGCUUCUUCCACAAGAUAUCGGCCCCCGACGCCACUGAUGCUGCUGCCCCCAGUUCUUGUACGCCUGGAGAUGCUACUGUACCAUGUGACCAUGACAAGGCAGAACAUCCAGCAAAACCCUCCUCCCUAAAACCCCCAAUUGCUGAUGCUUUCCUGGAACCCAAAUACGGUGGUGAGGCUGCCUUCCAUCUUAAGCCCUGUAACCAUGAUGGGAUCACCAUUCUGGGUGAAUCUUCUGAUCCCGCUUCCAGGAGCUGCGAUUCCACUCAACCCCGACCUGGUAGCUAUCGUGAUGGUGCCUCUCAGACCCCCAGUACUCCUGUAUUCCACUCGAGUCUCCCCAUUCCUUGCAUCAUAAAGGAUUUUGUGGAUGUGGAACCUACUGGCAGAGACAGGGAUCUCGAGCUAGGGCUAUAG